AUGUUCAUCAGAUCUACCCUUGUCGCCUCCGCGCUCCUCUUGUUGACUACCUCUGUAGUCGCUCAAGGUGUCGGUCCCGACUUCACACCCGGUCGCUGUUCCUUCGACGCAGUCGUCACUCAGGAUUGCUGGGACGACCACGCUAACACUUACGUCGAUCUCUCACCCGUUUAUGAUGGCGCUGGCAACCAGUUCAUGGAGCAAACCGACUUCAUUGACUUGACCGAUGGAGAGACGCUCACGGGCGUGGUUGCUGGAAAGAAACUGAAGAUUGGAUAUGAGAGGGACAGCAUCGGAUUCAUCUACGGCGACGCUGAAUGGCCUAACCAGAAUGGAGACAGCGAAUUCAACUGCACCACUAAGCCGUGGGACAACCUGCCGCUGGAUUGCAACGAUAGUGACCGCAAUCAUCGAUCUCAAGCCCUGACCUGCGAAUUCGACUGCACAAAGCCCGAGUCAGACUUCACCGUGAAGCGCGCGCGCUCCGAGGCGAUCCCCGAUAUCCUUUCAAUGCCGCCCAGUCCAGCCGGCACCAACCUAACCUCUGUGGACUACGCCCCAGGCUUCUGCUCCUUCAAGCUGCAACUCUUCCAGCAGUGUCUUCACACGCCCGCUGAAGGCUGGCACAACCAGAUGCUUGGCAUGCUUUACAGCGUCGAAGACAACAACCGCAAAUCCGUCGCCACGUACCCCGAGGGGACCGGACGUAUCGACAAGGGUGCUGUGAGGCUGUUGGGCAUGGGCGGUCUGAUUGUAGUCUAUAGUCCGGACGACAGGCAGAUGUACUUUGCGUUUGAGCCGAAGGGUGGCUACUGGAGCACUCUGACUCAGAACACCCCGGAUGCGAUGGGCAUUUGCUCUUGGAACCCGUGGACGCGCGCCGAGACUGGCUGUGAUGAGAAUCACCAGAACGAUCACCCAAGGCUAUCCUUCCUACCCGGGAGGGAGAGUAAGGAGUGCUUCUUCUCUGCGACACGCCGCAAGCGCAAGGCCGACGGCGAGGACGACUAUGACGAGGUCGACGACUACGAGCUGCGCAAUGGCCGGAAGCGCCAGCGCUCAGAUGGCCUGCCGGAGCCUCUGAUCACCACGACGACCAACCCGGCGUACAUAUCGCAGCCUCUGACCCCAGGCGGCUCCAUCGGACGAUACGAACCGCUGCGACGGCCGAACACGUCGGGCGGCCACCAGCCCACGCCCAACGAGGAAGAGGACCAGAAGGUGAACAACGAGACGGUCGCGACGCUGCAGGCGGGCGAGGUCUACAGCGGCCACGAUGCGCUGAACCUGCUGUUCGAGGCGGCGGGCAUGAACAACCACCACCGCACCGGAAGCAGCUCGAGCAUGCAGCGACCGACCCUUGGCAGCACACCAGGCUCGCAGACCAACUUCGCAAGCCCCCGGCCCAACACUUCCCAUGCGCGCGCCAACUCGCGCGCCACCGUCGAGCCCUCGGUUGAUCCCGCUAUACAGCAGCCCAUGCUGCCCGACCCGCCGAACGAAGCUGCCUUCGCCGACGCCGUGAGAGCCUGGUCGAAGUUCCGCUUUGUGCGCGCAGGAUGGCUCACGGCAAAAGAGGCAAUCGCAUACAUCGACUACUUCUACGCCUUCCUAUCGCCGCUCACACCCAUCGUCGUGCCCGACUACCGCGAUCAUGCCUUUCACGCGAAGCUGCUUAAGGAGGAGCCUAUGCUGGUCAUCACCCUACUGACCAUCUCGGCGAGGUAUUCUCAACCCAGCGGCUCGAGCGGUGUUGGCGCAACAUCUCGAUCAUACCUCAUCCACGAGAAGCUAUGGAAGUACCUGCAGGGCAUGAUAGAUCGCAUGAUCUUCGGACAAGAGCAGUUCGGCGGCGGCUUCUGUGGCGCAGGCCAGCAGCCUGGAUCCGAUGUGAACCCUCUGUCGCGGAAGGGCCUUCGUACACUUGGCACAGUCGAGAGUCUGAUGCUCCUUACUGAAUGGCAUCCUCGCGCGCUGCACUUCCCUCCUGGCGAUGACGAUGACGAGCUCGUUCUUCCCGACGAUCCCUACGAGGCAGGACCGAAGGCUGAUAUGUACAAAGGCGUGGGCGAUAAGCGCAUCGAUAGUUGGCUGGAGCCGUGCUGGCGCAGUGACCGCAUGUGCUGGAUGCUGCUGGGCAACGCCAUGACGCUCGCGUUCGAGAUUGGUGUCUUCGACGAGACGAACGAGACCGAGUUCGAAGAGGCAAAUCAGCACCUCUCGCAUGCGACAGUGAAGGCCUAUUACCGGAGGAAGAACCAUCUCCGCGACUUGCUCAUCAUAUACGUCACCCAGACCAGUGGCAGACUAGGUCUCACCUCAAUGCUUCCCAAGCUUGAGCGGGAUGAGAACCUAGUCGGCGGGCCCUCGCCACUUGAGCUAUACAAAGAGCGUAUCAGCCGCAUCAAGGCUCCUCCAGCUCAGUUUGGAAUGCGCUCAGAUGGCCAGCGCCUUCCACUCGAGUCCAUCGCUACACAGGAACGCCAUGCUGUCCAAGAUCUUGUGCUCGACUUCUGGGCCCGCAUUGCCAAGGUCAUGGAGAUGGGAAACCUGAAGUUGUUCUCCAAUCGACGCAAGACCAGGGAGUUGCUCAAGUCGGGAGGCUACGAAGAGAUGCUAAAGUUCUUUCAAGGGCCAUUGGUGGAAUGGAGGAAAUGCUUCGACCGAGCCCCUCAAGUUCCGGCGCAACUCCGCCACGUCCUCAUCAUCGAGUUUGAGUACACGCGUGUAUAUCUCAACUCGCUCGCUCUCCAGGCGGUGGUAGAACGCUGCACACACAACACUCCGCUACAGACACAUGCUCAGCCCAACGGCAUGAACGGACGCACUCCAAAUAGCAACGGCAAUGGCACCGGUAACGAUGACGGCGGCGCUAUUCCCUUUAGUACACUCGUCAAGUGGUACGCGAACGAUCGCCACUACAUCAACGAAGUCAUCGAUGCGUCACGCAACGUACUGAAAGUCGUGGUGGAGGGUCUGCAUCCGGGUGGCUAUCUACGGCAUGCGCCAGUGCGCACGUUCUUCCGCAUCGUCAGUGUGGCCAUAAUAUUGCUCAAGACAUUUGCGUUGGGCGCAACCGAAGAAGACGUGGCCGUCAGCCUUAGCCUGCUCAGCGACUCAGUUGAUGCCCUACGAACGAGCAUAGUCGACGAUGUGCACGUCGGUAACCGCUUCGCUGACCUCGUCGAAACCCUGACCCACCGCAUCCGUUCGCGCUUCGUGCGCCUGGCUGCCAACGGUUCGAGUGGCAUAUCCCGCGCUGGCAGCAAGAGCCCGAACCAGGCACCGUUGAUGCCUCCGCCCGCUCCACUCAACAAUACCAACCAUCUUGCACCGGCAUACAUGGGAUCUCAGCAAACAGGUUUUUCUGGUACUGGUACCAGCGUGCCCGGCUCCCCUAGCAUGGGCCUCGGUGCAAGUGGUCGCGCAACUCCUCUUUGGGGUAUUUCAGCCGAACCCUACGACCCCAACAGCAACUCCAUCAGCAUCAUGCCACCGCCUGGCAACUAUCAGAACUACCAGAACAACAAUACAAACAACUCCAACUCCAACGGCAACAACAACACCAACUGGAGUCAGUGGGCGAAUAGUGGUGCGAGCUGGGGCGCUGGGCAAGAUCAGGAUUGGCUUGCACUGCCACUUGAUCCUUUGUUGGAUCAGUGGGGUGCGGAGAUCAACCAGACGGCCAUGGGACCGGAUAUCGGUGGUAUGGACAUGCUAGAUAUCCUUCUGAACAUGGGCGGGCCGCCGGGUAGUGCCUAG